GUCAUCAUUUAAACAUAACCUAAAUUAUCUUUAACUAUCUUCUCACUAAUUUACUUGUAUGAUUUGAAUUUGGAUUUUAGUGUAGUUUGAAAAGAAUUCUAAAAAAUGUCAAUAGAUUUUGGCGAUUUGGAUAAUGAUAAAAAUAUCCAAGAAAAGUUGACAAAUCUUCACAAUAGUGUGGAAAAAAUUGAAAUAAUGCUUGAAAAACUUCGCACUGCAGACAUUUAUGAACAGUUAUCUCUAAAACAAAAAGUUGAUUAUGAUCUCUUUAUAGCAUACACCUUAAAUACAUUGUAUUGGCUCUAUUUGCGAAUUAAAAAUGAAGAUCCAAAUAAAAAUGACGUAAAAAAUCAAUUAAAUAGGGUUAAGGAAUACAUGCUUAAAGCCAAACAGGCGAACGAAAGAAAUACUAUUAGACCUAAAUUAAAUCAAGCAGUGGCCGGGAGAUUCAUAAAACAUGGAAUUAGUUACAAAGAUGGUGAAAAUGUACCAGCCCUUAAUAAAAAAAUUAAAUUUCAAGAUUGAGAAAGUUUUUAAAAAUAAUUUAAUCCAGAAUUUAUAAUUAUGGAAAAUGUAAAUAGAAAUUUGAUGGUAUAAAUAUAAAAUACAUUUUUAAAAUUGGGAGUAAUAAAUUUAAAAAGCAUUUGUACAAAACAAAAUCAUGAAUAAACAUUUAUUAAAAUAUUUUCAAUAUUUAAUUAAUAAAGUAUUAAAAUUAAAUCUCAUGAGAGAUACCCCCCAUUAUAUUAAGAUUAAUUGUCUGAAUUGUAAACAGAAAGUUGGAUAAUUUUGUUACCUUAUUAUAAACACUAUUAUUUCUUUUUCAUUUUCAUAUACGCCCUCUAGAUGUGGGAUUAAAAUUCUGAAAAUGAUUUCCAUGUGGACCACUUUUAUUAUAAUUUGAAUUUGUAAUAUAAUCCGCUACUGAGAUAUUGCA